UGAUUCUUUAAGAAUGAUUGGUAAAUAUAAUGAUGCAAUUAUAUGGGCUGAUAAGGCUUUGACUAGAAAUUCAAAGCACGUCAAUUUAUUAUAUUCAAAAGGUAUAAAAAACAUAAAUAAAUUUAUGAGCUGAUUCUUUAAAAAUGCUUGGUAAUUACAAUGAUGCAAUUAUGUGGGCUGAUAAGGCUUUGAUGAUAGAUUAAAAGCACGUCAAUUCAUUAUUUACAAAAGGUAAUUAAACCUUUCUAAUUUAGGUGAUUCAUUAAGAAUGUUGCGACAAUAUCAUGAAGCUCUCAAGCUUUUAGAACAAGCAUUGAAUUUUGAUCCAAAUAAUGUUUUCUCUUUAUACACUAAGGGUUUAUUAUAUUUUCAAUUAUAUAGGAGCCUGUUUACAAUAAUUAUCUAAUUAUUCAGAAGCCAUUGUAUACUACAAUAAGGCUAUUUUAAUAAAUCCAAAUUUUUAACUUUCUAAAUAUUAGAAAAGUAUGAAUUAUAUUAUAUCAAUAGCUGAAUGUGAAAAAUAACUCAACAAAAAAUGGUGGUGGUAAAAGUGA